AUGCAUCUAGGAUAUGGAGGGAUUUUAACAGGGAAUUGGGUUAUAAACUCAUAUAUAUAUAUAUACAUAGUAAAUAUUGUGUAA